CUCUGAUUAUCAGCAGCACUGUCAGCCAGAACCUCCCUCCGGGCGUAUUGCUCACAGAGGUGCCUCUGCUAAGACCUUAGCUCAGCCGAGAGUGUGGACGGUUUUUCUCACGCGUUUCCCACUGCAGUCGUUGAGAGGAGCAGCCUCGUGGACAGAGCGUUCUAUUUGGAGUCAAGAAAACCUAGGCACCAUGGGGAAGCAGAACAGCAAGCUGGCCCCGGAGGUGAUGGAGGACCUGGUCAAGAGCACGGAGUUCAACGAGCACGAGCUCAAGCAGUGGUACAAGGGCUUCCUCAAGGACUGUCCCAGCGGGCGCCUCAACCUCGAGGAGUUCCAGCAGCUCUAUGUGAAGUUUUUCCCCUAUGGAGACGCUUCCAAGUUCGCCCAGCACGCCUUCCGAACCUUCGACAAGAAUGGGGAUGGCACCAUCGACUUCCGAGAGUUCAUCUGUGCCCUCUCCAUCACCUCCAGGGGCAGCUUCGAGCAGAAGCUGAACUGGGCUUUCAACAUGUAUGACCUGGACGGUGACGGCAAGAUCACCAGGGUGGAGAUGCUGGAGAUCAUCGAGGCGAUCUACAAGAUGGUGGGCACCGUCAUCAUGAUGAAGAUGAACGAGGAUGGGCUGACGCCGGAGCAGCGAGUGGACAAGAUCUUCAGCAAGAUGGACAAGAAUAAGGAUGACCAGAUCACGCUGGAUGAGUUCAAAGAGGCGGCCAAGAGUGACCCUUCCAUCGUGUUACUGCUGCAGUGUGACAUUCAGAAGUGAGGCCGGCGGGCCAGGGCUUGCCCAUGUCAGUCUGCAGCGACAGACACACCCACACAGACAGACACACACACACACCGACACACAUGCGUGCGCGCAUAUACGCGCAUGCGCACACACGCACACACAAACAUUGCUUGGAUUACCUGUAUCAAUGGAUUUGCUUUCUGUGUUUGAAACACUUGUGUGCAUGAGAAUUUUAUUUGCUAAAGAAUUUUAAAAGUCUCUAUAUUAUAAAAAGAAAAAAAAACAGAGGACCCAAACUGCGCCCAUGUGAUGUAUACAAUGUCAUUCCAUGCCUCCACCCCUCAUGCUCAUCCCUCCGUGUCAGUGACGAAUCCCCUGAUUCUGUAACUAACUGUUUGAUCUAAGCUGUGUCACCGUCCCUGCUGCCGGACAGACAGACAGACAGACAGCUGUCAGCCCGUCCCCAGCUUCCUCCACUCUCUCGCUCACUGGGGGGAGCCCAGCCCCCUCUCCGAGCUGUGCUAUCAGUGAAUGUCAAUGUGUCUCAUCUGCAUGCAUGCCUCUUAGUCAGGGCCGCCUUCCACCUGGUCUCAUCUGCAUCUUUUCCACCCAGAAGACCUAUGUGCGAGGAAUGCAGUAUCACAUGUAACAAACCCCCUGCUCAAAUGCUCCCUUAAUUAAGACAUCUAUCUGUCUAUCUAUCUAUCUACACACAAACACACAAAAGUCUAAUUAUUUAUUCGAAGUUUAAAAAAAAAAGUUAUUCGAAGUGUAUGGAUUUCUGCUUGGUUUUCAGAAGUUUCCAAAAAAGGUUGCAAUAUAUGUCCCAAAUAAAUUUAUAAUAUUUGAC